UGGGCACAGGUGGGUGGCACUGGUGGGCACAGGUGGGUGGGCACAGGUGGGUGGCACUGCUGGACACAGGUAGGUGGCACUUCUGGGCACAGGUGUGUGACACUGCAGAGUGGCACAGGUGGGUGCACUGCUGGGCACAGGUGGGUGCACUGCUGGGCACAGGUGGGCGGAACUUGCGGGUGGCACUGCUGGGCACCGAUCAUCAGGGCACUGAUCAUCAGUGCCCUGAUGAUCGGUGCCGAUCCCCGCUCUGACAACUGCCGGUUCUCGGCAGUACUUUCCUCACGAUCUGACAGCGUGAGGAAAGUGCAGCCGAGAACCGGCACUUGC